GUUUAUCUUCUAUAUACAGGAAGCUUUAUGGUUUAUAUCAACCUUUCCGUGGGAAGUUUAGCUUGAUUAUCGCGUCGUUUUUUGACAUGUGAUGGCAAAGCGUACCGGGAUAAUAUUGACAAAUAAUUUUAGAAUUGACAAUAGAUUAUAGAUGAUAAUAAAAACAAACUUGCAACAAGAUCAGAUUAUGAGAGUCCAAUUGCUUUGUUGUUCAAUAUAGAUAUCAAGUAAUGUUUAUAUUUUUCAUUUGACUGCUCGAUAGCUGUAUAGGUUAUGUUAAUGAUCUCCGUGUUUUGUUCAAAUAUUUGUCUUCUAUAUUCUGCUAAAUAUUUACAAUGGUGUCAACACGAGGACCGAAAUUUAAAUUUUGUGAUGGAGAAAAAGUAUUAUGCUACGAACCAGAUCCAACAAAGGCAAAAGUAUUAUAUGACUCGAAGGUACUUGACGUUAUUGUAAAUAAAGAUCAAAGAGGAAGAAAAGCUGUAGAAUAUCUCAUACAUUUUCAAGGUUGGAAUUCAUCUUGGGAUCGUUGUGUGACAGAAGAAUAUGUGCUUAAAGAUACUGAAGAAAAUCGCCAACUUCAACGAGAUUUAGCACAAAAAGCACAGCUUCAACUUGGUGCUUAUUUAUAUCGCCGUGAACGAAAGAAAAGAAGUCAUAAAAUGUCAGAACGCUUAACUGAAACGGAACAUCAAGAAUCUCGUCGUAGAGCAAGAAGCGGUGGCAGUAGAGCUACGUCAGCUACUACUGGAUCUUCAGAAGAUGGCAGUUCAGGUCAGCAUGCUGAUUAUGAUACAGAGGAAGUAAAUACAGAAGAAGAGACAGAGAGUAGCUCUGAUUAUAUGGGUGAAACAAGUGACGAUGAAGACAGUGGCGGAGGUAGCCAAUCUGGAGCCAGUAAACCGGGCAUUGAUAUUGAAAUAGGUAGUACAUUGAAACGGAUUUUAGAACAGGAUGCAGACCUCAUAACAACUAGAAACAAGCUUGUGGUUCUUCCUGCACAACCUACUGUGAUAAAUAUUUUAGAAUCCUGGGUACAACAUUUUACUACAACUCAAUUGACAAAUAUUCCAGAAAAACCUCAACGGAAUAAAACAAAUAAUACAAUAGAAAAAACAGUGAAUGAAAUAAAUAUAUGCAGAGAAACUGCGGAUGGUUUACGCAUAUAUUUUGAUACCAUAUUACCUCAUCUUCUUCUGUAUGGACAAGAAAAAGAACAAUAUUGUUCCCUGAAAUCUUCUUUAUUAUGUAAUGAGCAAGCAAAUGUUGCAAGAGAAGAACCAAUUGAGAAUCUGGAAACAUCAAGAGAAGAAUUUGAAGAUGCAGAAUAUGCUCAUUUACCACCUUUUCAAGAACACGAUUCAGAGAUGGAUAAUACAACUAAACCAUCGAACAAUUCUAAGCGUAGAUUGCGAUCGUGUCGUGUAAGUUCAGUCGAGGAAAACCGGCAGUUAAGAUCAUAUGACGAAGGAAAGCAAGAUGGUGGUAAUUUAUCAAGUAGCAUAGCAAGUACAAGUUCCCGUUGUUCUAGCCCACGAGGUGUAACACUAAGAAUGCCGCCUGUUGUUACAUCUGCUCAAGUAACCGCUUUACUUCAGCAAUCGAAUGAAUGGAGAUUAAUGCCUCAAAGUUCAAAGCAAGGCGAACAUUUAACAAAUCCAUCUACUUAUUAUGGUGCCAUUCAUUUAACUAGAUUAUUUGUUAAGUUACCUGAAUUAUUAAAAUCCACAGAUAUGUCGAGUGAAAAAUUGAAAGUACUUUUAAAAUAUUUGGAUAUGUUUUUAAGCUAUCUAGAGAUGCAUAGGGAGUGGUUUGGAGAACAAUUUUAUAUGCAAGCAGAAAAUCGAGCAGUAUAACAAAUUAGUAAUGUUUAACAAUGGACAGUAUAUAUAACAAUACCUCCUUGAUUUAAGAUUAUUUAGAAUUUUAUUUGUGACAUUAUUUAUAAAUAUUUUUAUAUAACUGGAAAAUCAAUUCACAAAUAAUCUUUUUGUAGCAAUUGAUAUUUUUUAUGUCUAAACUUUUAUUAGCACAAAAUUGAUCAAUAUGCGUAAUAUCGAGAUUUUAUAAAUAAAUAAAGAUAUAAUAAUUAAA